GAGAGUCCAGUAACAAGAGUUCGAUCGAACACCAGAGAAGAGCUGAUCUGACUCUUGGCUACUAGAUCUUCCCAGAACCCGACGCUGUCUGUACCGCUGACUGAAUCCCUUGAAUAAGGUUGGGAACUUGUAGGGGACAAUGGUGAUGUUGAACAUUCUUAUCCUUCUCAGUUCUAUAGUUGCUCUGGGAGACUUCUCUGCUCUGGGCAACGCAAAUCCAGUGGAUGAGCAGGAGGAUUGGGGAUGUGGUAGAUCAUGUCCCUCUGGUUGGACCAGACACAACUCACAUUGUUACAUCUACGACAACACUGCAAGGACAUGGUCCCAAGCUGAGCAAAACUGUGUGUACCUUGGAGGAAACCUGGUGUCUAUUCACAACGAUGGUGAGAAUGAGGCUGUGAAGAAUGUGGUGUUCAGAGCAACUAAUUCUUACCCUUGGACCUGGAUUGGUGGAUCGGAUCUUUAUAAGACCAAGGUGUGGUUCUGGAGUGACGGAACCAAAUUUGGUUACAGUAACUGGGCGAGUGGGGAGCCCAAUAAUGGUGGAGGCAAAGAGCAUUGUGGUCAAAUAAAUUAUCCAGGCGCUGGAUACUGGAACGAUUUAAGCUGUGAAUACCCUUUGCCGUCUGUGUGCAAGCUCAGAAAACAGUAAAUCCAGCAAAACAUCAACAAAUGCAACUCAACUGUGUCAAAUAUUAAACACUUUAUAUGGUAAAGUCUAUUACUUGUUAGUUGAUUACUUGCUGUAAAAGGAAUGUUACAAAAUGUUGACAAAUGGUUUUGAGGUUUGAAAUGAAUAAAACUAGUGAAUGGAU